AUGAACGAUCUGCAGGCGCAUUACAAUGACUCUGUCGCCCACUUCGAGGGUACGGGUGACCUCGUGGCAGGAGAACAAUGUCUCCGAGAGGCCACGACACUUGCCGAUCUGGCUGAUCUCAUUGCCACAUUAGUCCUUCACUACCUGGCCCUACUGAAGGCUAAGCGACUAAUACACACCCAAAGGAGUCUUUUUGAUUGCCAUAGAUUGGCUUUAUUAAGAGGAGAAGCUUUUCUAUUGAUGUGGUAUAUAAACAUGGAGGAAUUCCUCAUCAGCUCAAACUUUGUUACCUGUCGCUUUGCAGGAAUGCCGGAGAAGGCUUCCAAAUUUGCUGAUUCUUUGACAUAA